AUCGUCAUAAUAAAAAUAAACAUUUUAUCGCGUUAUUUCGGAAUUAAGACGCGGAACGUUUCUGUCGACGAAGUACGAUUGUUGUAGAUGAAGAUGUGAGAACCUAUGGCUGAAACCUUAAAUGAACGUAUAGAUAACUUGCGCAAGAGAAGUAGACUUUUGCUAGCACAGGCUGAUGAAAGUUCCAAGAAGGUUAAGCAAGAAAUUGAAAAACUCUACUCAGAGAAUUUAACACAGGGAGAAAAUUCUAAAAACCAUACAGAUAAUCAGACCAGAGGCAAUAGUAACUUCUACCGCAGAGGCAAUAGUAAAUCAUGGAAGUUAAGAAAUGAUUCUAGCAGUGUUGGUGCACUUUUGUGUCCAGAAAAUAUUUGCAAUAAUUCAAACUGUAUACUUGCAUCAAUGCCUAAUAUAUCAACAUCCAAAAGGGUGUUAACCUCGUCUAAAAAACAUUCUGAAGAGCAAGGACCAAAAAAUGUACAGAGGAAGCCGGUGAAGGAGUGUUAUUGCCAUUCCCAAAUUAAAAAGGUGCAGUUACGAUCUACGAGAACGCAACGCAAACAACAUUCGCCAUGCAAAUGCUGCAAAAGUCACGUUGACGUACCUUUUGUAAGGGACAGUCUUGAAAAGCCACUUUUAACUUCGCCGAUCAGUUGUGAAACUUUACGACGAGUGCAGAAGAUAGACUAUGCACCGAGAUCUCAAUUUUUACGAAAUGUACAAAGCAAAGUAUCCCUUCUACGAACUGCGGUAACCGGAGAUUGUCUAAGCGUGUGUCCUAGAUCGCCAUACUGCUAUGAUUUUAUGGCUAGAAAAAACAUGCAGAGCAUUGGAGCUCAGCUGAACAGCAAUAACAAGGAAUCGCAAACUACCGCUCGCUCAAUAAAAUCUAGAUCGUUGCUUAGAACAGCUACAAAUUCAUCAACUGUAGAGGAAGAACAAAGUCUUGGCUCCGAUAGCGUGAACAAAUCCAAUAAAGGAGUUCAAGUAUCAUUGAAAAAACAAUCGAGACCUAAACUAGUAACUAAACGAACACUUACUUCUAAGAAAUCCGUACCUGAUUUGAAAAAGACAAAAUCGAAUACAAAAACGUCAACUAAGAGUAAAAGAACGUCGCAAUUGUUCAAUAAAGACUGUCCCUGUUGCCACAAAAAUAAGGCUGACCACUCUUCGAAAACUUUGGAAAAAGACAAUAUCGAUCCUGCAAAAUUUCGACACACUAUCUGUGUAAAUGGCAGUCGAGACGAAAGCGAUGGGGAAUAUCUUUCGGACGAUGAAGUGAAGAAACUGAGGAAAUUCCGGGAACAAAACUACUUCGAUACUCACGGAUCGAAUCAUACUUUAUUGCCAUCUAAAUCUUCGGGAUCCUUGCAACAGUAUUUGCUAAACGACAGACUCUUCCCCGAGUAUGCGGACACUAUUCAUAAGAAAGAUUUAGUCGUAACGAUGCCAGCUUGUGCCACUUUACAGCGAAAACGUAUGCAUUACUUCCCUCGGUACAUUGUACAUCAAGAGAAACCAAACAACACCACGAAUUGUAAAAAGAAACGCUGUCAAAGUUGCCCCUUGACUGGACAUGCUAUAGAUCUUGGAAUUACAAAAAUGAGACCACCGUUAAACAGCUUGGCUCUCAAGUAUCAAAAACGACUGCCGUAACAAAAAUGAUUUUUCUUUAAAUAAACAGUACCUUAUAUUAAGGGUGGGAUGAAGUGAAUUGAGCCCUUGGCUCUUGAAUGCAUUUAUUCUCUUUUUAAUCAUUCUAUAGAACCAGAUUCAAUUUACUUCGUCUCGACUAUCUCAUUUUGUAUAGAAUUUUGAAUGUAAAUUACGAUAAUAAAAUCAUGUAAUAGGAAUUGAAUACUGAUCGAGAACGAAUGUAGCAAUAACUUGGGAAACACGUUAUCUUAUUGUAUCGGUGCUUUUCCAUGGGACAUUGCAAAGCAGGUUUUGCAUUGAAUGAGAAGAGACGGAGCUUCGUUUUAGAGAGCAGAAAGGAGAAAGUAUAACACGCGAAUAAGAUGUUUCUUUUUAAUGCGCAUAGUGGCAUACGUGAUAUCAUCCACAUCCAGAAAUCUCGUAGAUGCAGCCCGUAUUUCGUGGCCAUGACGAAUACGCGACCUUUAACGAGUUCAAGCUCACGGUAUGCAAAUUUCUGAUGAAUAAAAGAUGUGGGAAACAAUGCAAUUUAUUUGUGCAUAUAAUUAAAUGCGCGGAUCAUUGGAUGAUUUUAUAGAGACGAAGCAUGUAAUCCUAGAAUUUUUUUUAUGUCAUAUUGAAUACGUAAUACUUGUAUUGUGAUAAGUAAACGAACCAAAAUUUUAUUUAACCGUUUAGGACUAUAUUUUAUAAUACG